ACAUAGGCAACAUUGCGCUGGCAUGCCUGCUCGUUUCGUCGGCGUGCGCGACAAACCGUGCGACCGAUUGGAACUGAUAUUCUUUAGUUGUGUUCCCAUUGUUUAGGGGUAAUAUGUGACGAUGAGCGACGGUGUAGACGUGUUCUAGGAUAUCUACUUUACCAUUCUUUCGCUGUGUGCAAGUGCGGGUAGGAAAAGGAAAGAUGAGCUUAACGCUGUUCCGUCCAGCGUUGCUGUCCGUAUCUAAGGUCUGGUCUGUGGCUCUCGCGGCAUCUAGCAGCAGCAGCAGCAGUGAUACUGCCAGCACCAGCAUGUCCCGGGCACAGUUGCGGCCUAUCAAUGGCUAUGAACGGACAGCCGAGAAAAUCUUCAAGGAAGUUCUCGAGACAAGGCAAAAGGCAGCCACAGCAGACUGGGAAGUGCCUAAGCUGUUCCUGGUGGAGCGGGUAAUGAGCUUGCAUGGCGUACCACACUGGGAGCGGGGCAUUCUCAAGCUGCUCAAACUGGAUCAGUCCAAAGAGGACAAAAAGGCCCGCAUCAGGAGGCCGCUUGGCAGCAGAACCAUAGUGAAGAACACACCGUUCAUGUGCAAGAUGCUGUGGCAAGUGAAGCACCUGGUGAAAGUGAGCCCCAUAACAUUUCCGGAUGGAGAACCUACGGAGGCAAUCACGGGCACCCACUUGAGUCGUGACGGUGUCUUCCGCAUCGUGCACAACCUACAGGUGCCAGAGCAACAGCUGUUCGAGCCAGCCAGACAUGCAAAGAGGAAGUUUGAUGGCAGACAACUAGCCAAAGUGCUACACCGGAAGUGGAACAAUGGUUUGAGCUGAAUAGAAUGAAGUGAUAUUGGAGAUCAGAAUUACAUGCAUUUUGGCAUCACUGAGCAUGAGCUGUUUAGUAGUGACCUCAGUUGAUAGGGUUAGUGCAUUAAAGGUACACAUAGAAAAGGAGAAAAUUGUGUCUGCUCUGGAAUGUUAAGAAUAAAGCUUUUCCUGGUUUUCAUUGCGA